UACGUAAGCCACUGCCCCGGAAGCGAUUGCCGCAGCAUUAGGUGUGCCUGAAGGACAGCAGCGGGCAGUAUGUUCCUGACGGUGGCGGCUCUGGCCAAGAAGAAAUCAAAGUACAUUCUUGUGAGGAUGGUCAGUGAGGCGGGGACAGGCUUCUCUUUCAACACCAGGAGACUCCGACUGGAGGAUAAACUGACUCUGCUGAGAUACGAUCCCUCCGUGAAAAAACAAGUCCUCUUCAAAGAGAAGAAAAAAAUCCGCUCCAUCUGAACAGUGACUUCUAAAUGGACUUGAUUUAUUCACAAGGAGGACUAUGUGGAGGAGGGGGGGGGGCAUUGCUAAUUCAGAAAUCCUGCAGCCUGUGCUAAAAAAGAGAGGAAGUGGACUGGGACUGCCAUCUCCUGUGAUUUGAAGGCCAUUGUGAAUAAGAACAAUGUAGACAGACAACAUUCCUAGUGUCUACGUAGAUCAUCACAUCAACAUUUAUUUAUCUUUUGAGUUAUUUUUAUAGUCCUUGAUUAUAAAAGAGAAAAAGACAAAAAUUAAAUAGAUUCCAUUGUC